AUGCCUGACUGCCACAGCACAUCCCCUUUGGCUGUGGAAUCUGAGCAAAGAAGGUUUGACUCGGGAAUCCCAAACCCCUUUGAUGAGUGUAUCUCUAAGCAAAGCGCUGCCCCCACCAUCUACCCAAUGAACCUGAGCAUCUCUGAUCAGGACGCGGAAGGGUCCAGUCCCUGCUACUUUGAAGGGGACCAAACAAGCCGGCUUCACAUGCGCCUCAAAAGGAACCUGUUUGAGGGCUCAGCAACAUCAUAUACAAACAGGGCCAUCAUAUCCCAAUUCUGGAAGAAAACUACCAAGAAAAACAGUCCAGUAGACCACUCGCUCUUCUUCUCUUCCAGUAACGUAUCCAGUUCGACCACAGAAUCUUCUCAAGAGGACAGGAGCAGCAAUUCCUCCAAAGAUAGCGUGCAGGACCUUUCCUUGCCUCUCAGUGAAGCCCAUGCCACGAGCAGCGUCGAAGGGGAUCGUUUCUUUGAUGAGCACUUGCGAGCUAAGAGAGCAAGAGUGGAGAAUAUCAUCCGUGGCAUGAGCAGCUCUCCCACUGUCGCCAUUCCUAGCAACGAGCUCGAGAAGGACGGCAGUCACCAGCAGGGAGGCUUGAGGGACCAAUACAAAGAGAACAAACAGCAGCAAAAACAACAUCAACAACAACAGGACGAGGAGGAGGAUGAGGAGGAACGCAGUCCCAAGAACUUGAUAGCUUCAUCCUUCAAGAAACACAGGAGAGAGGAAUGCCACAGGUUGAAACAACAGCUGCAGGAAAUGCAGGGAAAACUCCUAGAACUUCAGGAAAAGUUUUUCCAGGUGUAUGACACCAACGAGCUGGAACAAGAAGAGGAAGAGGACCUGCCAGAUGCCAACUUUCCCUUGGACGGUACUGCUUGCAAGGCAGAGAACGAUGAAGAUGCGCAGGGGAAAUUUGCCCGUGACCUGUCAGAUGUGGAUCACUCUCUCUACAUUGACUAUGUCCAAGCUCUUACCCAAGACAGGGAGCUGACUUCAGGGAAAGACACGACCAGACAUCAAAACACGGACAGAAAAUUCAACAGCAAUAAUCAUUUUUCAUUCUCUCUUGUUGAGGGACGACAUCUCGCAGAUGCCCUGAAGUAUGAACUGAGCAAUGCAGUAGCUCACAUUGUGGACUCUGUGGUGCAGUUGUUCUCAGUUAAACCUUCAAGCUCCUCUCAGUCAUUUCAUCCUUUCCCCCCUUCAAGGCCCAAAGACGCUGUGCAGAGUGACAGCACCAACCUAAGGAUGCCGAGCCAAGAGCUGCGGUGUCCCCAGGAGCCCACGAUACACCAAUAUUUUGAGAAUCCUCAAACCUUUGAUAUUCAGGAUCAAACUGAGGCCUUACCAUUGGUGGUGAGAAAAUCAUCCCAGCCCAGCCUGGUCAACCCAGUGAUCAAACCACCCUGUCAGAUUGGUCACACCAGCACAGCAUUAGCAAUAGCUCUUGGUUCUCAGUUGCCUUUGAAUGAUUUGCCUGUACCUGUGAUGAGUUACGGGAUGCAUGCGGAUAUAGGACACAAUCUCUCCUCCUCUGCCAAGGACCCAGCCUCUCCCGAAUCUAUAGAUCUUUCCUGGGAAACGGUGAAGCUGAGAUCAAAGAUUGCUCCCCAUCACAUGACUCAACAGCCAUACUCGCGCUUUCACCAGGGCCCAGUGGAUAGUCUGUGUCUGACUCACAUUAAGGCUGAAUGUGGAGAUCUCCAUAGCUUGGCGGAAGUCUCUCCCUACACAUCAAUUAAUAUUCAAGAGGGCCUGACACCCAACCACCUGAAGAAAGCCAAGCUGAUGUUUUUCUACACUCGCUAUCCCAGCUCCAACACGCUGAAAACCUACUUUCCUGAUGUCAAGUUCAACAGAUGCAUCACUUCUCAGCUGAUCAAAUGGUUCAGUAACUUCCGCGAGUUUUACUACAUCCAGAUGGAGAAAUCUGCCCGACAGGCUAUGGCCGACGGCAUCACCGACACCAACGACCUGAAGGUCACCAGGGACUGUGAACUCUUCCGCGCCCUCAACAUGCACUACAACAAAGCCAACGACUUUCAGAUUCCCGAUACCUUUCUGGAGGUGGCGGAAGUGACUCUUCGGGAGUUUUUUAACGCAGUCUAUCUGGGAAAAGACACUGAUCCAGCCUGGAAAAAAGGCAUCUACAAAGUGAUCUGCAAACUGGACACCAAGGUCCCUGAGGUCUUUAAAUCCCAGGGGUGUCUGCAGGAGGCCAUAAUCGAUUAGUGCUGCCGGCUGGGUCUGGCUCAGGGGCUUGGGAGGUAGGGGUGCACAGGAAGGGGAGGGGGUGGGAGGUGUAACCUGAUCUAUGCUGUGUUUCACCUGCUGCAUCUCUUUUAGUGUUACAUUGAGCAACAGUAGAUAUGUACUUCCAUACUGAACAAGAACUCAACAAUCACAUUUUCUGAACCAUCACCAUUUAAACACUUCCACCAAACCCCAUCUCAGUCUGUGUAAGAGCGAAAGGUCGCAGGGCUCUGCCCACUGGCUUCAGGAAUUAAUGCUUCUAACAACACAAUUUUUGUAUCUGGGAAAAUGAGAGAGAGACUAAGAGAUGACUCUCCUCUGAUCUUCUCCCUCCUCCCCCCACCACCUACCCACCUACACCACUGGCCACUCUGAAAACAUUGAAUACUCCCUCCGCACUGAGAUCAGACAAUCUGCUCAUGUUGUCACAGCUCGAACCUGCUUCACCUUCACAUCACCAGGUAGAAUUUUUUUUUACUAAAACAAUGUUUAAACCUCAAAACGCAUGUUAAAAUCCUUCCUUUGGAGCAAAUACGAGUCUCUGAGAAAUGGAGGGUUUUAAUUUUUUCCUCUCUCUUUCCUCCCAUCCCUCCUCUUUCGACUUUAUAUUUAUUAUUAGAAAUGUGACAAAAACAUUUUUACUAACAACGCAAUCCUGCAAGAAUAGGCAGAGAAUAUAGUUUUUUUUUAAAAUGCUACAAGUCCUUGUGAGCAGGUGGCAUGUGCUCCAUCCAUUUAACAGGAGUGGGAAGAUCCCAUUCAGGCGGGUGAACGUGAAACUUGCUACGGCUAUUUGGUUAUGAAAGAACACAUACCAGGCUAUACCCUACCUAGUGCUGUCAAGAUCUAAAAUGUUAAAGGGCAACAUUAAGGCACAUCUACAAUAUUAGUCACAAUUUGCGACAUUGAAAGAAAGAGCCGAGUACUAGUUUUGACUGUUUGUGUUUGUACACAGGCUGGUUAGAAGACAUUUUUUUUCCAACUUAUUGUGUGUGUGUGUAUACCUACAUCAGUCAUUUUAACCCAUCUUUCCCUCUUUAUAUUUUUAAUUUGCCUUGUGUGUACCUUCUUGCAGUUAGAGAAAUCAGUACGUUUGUAUAGCAGCAAGCAAAAUAAAAGCGAAUUUAA